AUGAAACCUUCUACAUCGGUAAUUGAUUCCAAAACACUCAACUGCAUGGCUCUACCUCCUGUUACACAGCAUAGCAAAGUGAUAGCGGCGGAGGGUGAGAAGCGCUCCUCUGCAGCUUUGAAGGAGGCAGCGGACGUGCUGAUGGAUUCACCACUGGCCCUCCACUUGCGCUAUCUACAAACUCUCAAUGCAAUUUCCGCGGAGAAGAACUCCACCAUCAUCUUCCCUUUGCCCCUGGGGCUGAUUCAGAGUCUCCUGAGGCGAGAAUAG